AUGUCCCACCCGCGCGUGGAGGAGGUCUCGGACAGCGACCCGGACGCCGGGGCGUCGUCGGACCCGGAGGAGGGCGACAUUGACGACUUUGCCGACGCGGACAUUAUGCGCCGCAUCCCCACCGGGAACAACAGCGGCGGCGGCGGCGGCAGCAGGAGCAGUGGUGGUGGUGGUGGUGGUGGUUUCGAGCCCUCGCCAGCGGCGCGGCCGCAGAUGUUCGACCCUGCCGGCCUCGGCGGCGGCGAUCCUACCCGCGUGUCCGACGCCGACCACGGCGUCUACAAGGGCUUCCAGAGCCUGUACCCCGUCUACUUCGACGCGACGCGCUCCCGCGCCGAGGGCCGCCGCGUCAGCGCCCGGCUGGCGGUGCGCAACCCGCUGGCGCGCGAGAUUGCCCACGCCUGCUCGCGGCUGCGCCUGCAGACGCUGCUGGAGCCGGACAAGGUGCACCCCAAGGACUGGGCCAACCCGGGCCGCGUCAAGGUCGGGCUCAAAAAGGCCGGCGCCGGCGCCGCCGUCAAGAACAAGCACCACCUGUACCUGCUCGUCGCCCAGCACCUCGCCGCCAACCCCACCGCCGACGACAGCCCCGGCCUGCGCGUCCGCAUCGGCGGCCAGCUGCAGCCGCCCGAGGGCGCGCCCUACCCGCGCCCCGCCGUGCCGCGCGGCUGGAAGAUGGGCGAGCUGCUGCCCUACCUCAGCGCCGCCAUGACCGGCGGCGGCGUCUCCGAGAACCUCUUCAAGGACAUGAUGAAGGAGAUGCAGAGCGGCGGCGAUCCCAUGGCCGCCCUCAUGGCUGGCCAGCAGCAGCAGCCUGGGCCUGGAGGCGGCGCUGCAGGCGGCGCUGCGGCGGACGAGGGGGCCGCUGGGAAGAAGAAGAAGGAUAAAAAGGGCAAGGCGAGGGCGUGA